CAUGAAACUUCUUUUAUUUUUGCCCAGGAUUUCUGUGAAGUUUCCCCAGAGAAGCUGCCAAAUUAUGAAGAGAAGAUCAAGAACUUCUUUGAGGAGCAUCUCCACACUGAUGAAGAGAUUCGUUACGCUGUGGCUGGAAGUGGUUAUUUUGAUGUUAGGGACAAGAAUGAUGGUUGGAUUCGUGUGUGGGUAAAGAAAGGUGGAAUGAUUGUUUUACCAGCUGGAAUGUACCAUCGCUUUACCCUCGAUUCGAAUAAUUACAUCAAGGCUAUGCGACUGUUCGUUGGUGAUCCAGUUUGGACCCCAUUCAAUCGUCCCCAUGACCAUUUACCAGCGAGGAAACAGUACGUUGAAGCUUUUGUGCAGAAGGAACGCAAUGAUCAUGCUGUCAAUGCCGCAGCAUAAUGUGUCUUCUCUGUUGGGCUUUCAUGAGAUAUAAACACCCAAAUAUAUGACUUGGUCUGUAAUAUGUGGCUUCUCAGCUUGAAUUAUCAAUUUGCCCUGACUUGGCUUAUAUGGCACUUGGUUGUUAUGCUUAUAGUUAUGUGGUUUCGGAUCUUUAUCCGGGACAUUGGCUGGUCCUUGUGGAUAGACAAACGAAUAAAAGCGGUUGUGCCGCCUUAUGCUUUGGGCCUGUUGUGUAUUUUUCAACGAUCUUCUAGUGGGCGAUUUGUCCCUCGGUUA